GUCUACCGCGGGUUUCAUGGCCUGCAGAUUCCUCGGGAGUUCCUGGAGGAGGAUCAGUACGGAGUGUCAGGAGGAGUCGAGCUGGGCAUGAUGAGUACCACGACGGACGUCCAAGUUGCGCUGGAGUAUGCCACGAGAGGGGAUCACCCGACUGUGUUUGAAAUCUCUUGUGGGGCCGUCGACCGGGGAGCUUCGGUCAAGUUCCUUUCUCAGUACCCAGAUGAAGAGGAAAUACUGUAUCCCCCGCUGUCCUACCUCGAACUC